AUGGUGAUUGCAACCUUUUUUUCUGUAGGUUGUAGCUUGUAUUGGUGGUAGAUGACAGCUGUAAACAUGCUCCAAUGAAGCUCAGGUGCUUUGAGGAGAACUAAACGACAAAAGAGCGGUGAAGAGUAUAAGAGAAGAGCUUAAAAUGGUGAAGUGUAAAUCCUUCGUCAGUUGUGGGCUGAUUCUGCUGAGUUUGUGGCUGUGUAUCCAGUCAGUGCCUAUCAGUGUGGACAAGACCAAGGAGAAGCCUCCAGUGGAGGAACUGGAGUCACCACAGAGUGCUGAGACUGGGCUGCAUUAUGACCGCUACCUCAGGGAAGUCAUUGAGUACCUCGAGAAAGAUCCUCACUUUAAAGAAAAGCUAAAAAAUGCCAACAUUGAUGACAUCAAGCAAGGCAAACUUUCCAAAGAGCUGGACUUUGUCAACCAUCAUUUUCGGACUAAGUUGGACGAGGUGAAGAGGGAGGAGAUGAACAGGCUGCGGAUGCUCAUUAAAGUCAAACAAGACAUCCAGGGGGGGAAUGGCCGAACAGUGGACCACCAGGCCCUGCUCAAACAGUUUGAUCACCUCAACCACCUGAACCCCAACACUUUCGAGGUGGACGACCUGGAGCGCCUCAUCCAAUCGGCGACCAAAGACCUAGAGAACUUUGACAAGAACCGUCACGAUGAGUUCAAGAGGCAUGAGAUGAUGAAGGAGCAUGAGAGGAGGGAACGGCUGAAGACCAUGAAUGAGGACGGUCGCAAGACGGAGGCGCAGCACUACGAGGAGAUGAAGAGGAAACACGCUGACCAUCCAAAAGUGAACCACCCUGGCAGUGAAGACCAGCUGAAGGAGGUGUGGCAGGAGUCGGACGGUUUGGACCCAGAGAACUUUGACCCCAAGACCUUUUUCAAAAUCCAUGACAGCAACGGAGAUGGCUUCUUCGAUGAGAAUGAACUUGAGGCUCUUUUCACUAAAGAGCUGGAGAAGGUGUACAACCCCGAAAAUGAAGAAGACGACAUGGUUGAGAUGGAGGAAGAGAGACUGCGAAUGAGAGAGCAUGUUAUGAAUGAGGUGGACACCAAUAAAGACAGACUUGUGUCACUGAGCGAGUUCAUUGCUGCCACUCAGAAGGAGGAGUUCUUGGAAAAAGAUGAGUGGGAGACGUUAGAACAAAAACCCGUUUACACUGAGGAGGAACUGAGAGAGUAUGAACAGCAUCUGGUCAGCGAGGAGCUUGACAUUAACCAGAAGGCGGCGGAGCUGCAGAAACAGAGGGAUGAGCUGGAAAGGAAACAGGAAGAACUUAAUGCUCAAAAGUUUGGGCUACAGCAGGCAGUAGAAGAAAUGGAAAGGAUAAAAACGGAGGCCAAACAGCCCAGCGGAGUAGCUGGAGGUGAACCAGCACCAUUUGUACCAGGAAAUAGUCGACCAGUGCCCCCUGGCCACCAGCAGCCUGAUGUACCAGUGCCAGGACACUCUUAGCGGGCCUCAAUAGUCAAUGUACUGUAUGGAUGCCAGUGAGCGUGCAUGUGUGAGUUCACCUUGUAAUAAUUCAAAUUUUCCAGUUUUCUUUAGGAUAUUUAAAACACCACUUUAGAAAAAUGUGCCCAAAUAUCAAGAGCACCUAAGAAAAUCUGAUUUCAGGCUGCAGCUUUGGUGCCAGUGCCCCUUAUGCCCAUUUGGGCUGCAUAAAUCAGAAUUGUGGAGCUGGUCCAGUUAUUUUGUGAACAAUCAACCCUUUUGUUUUAUUUCGUUUUGGUCUUUUAUCACAGCAAGGACUUUGUUCUCCUGGGGAAGUGGUUUGGGGAGAAACGGCAAAGCCGGAAAAGUGAAUUUGUUUAGUGCACACUGUAGGUCAUUGUCACUGUCUCUCAGAGGAAAUACUUUGAAAAUGGUUCAUUUAUUUCAUUAAAGAGAGCUGAUUAUUGCAUAUGAAUGUCAAACUUAACUUAGUGCUGCUAGCUUAAGAUUGAAAUGGUCCUAUUUACAUUUAGUAAUGUAAAGGUUAGACAAUUCCUCACAUUUACUUAGAAGAGCAAAUAGUCUGGAUCUAUAAAAUAUUUAAUUCUUUAAGUUGCAUUUUGUCUUUUUAAUUUUCAUACUGGUUUCAUUUUAAAAUGGGACCAUGUAUGUAUGUGGGUUUAAAACAUAGACUAUCAACAAUAUUUCAAAAUCACAUUUGAUUUUGUUCUCUUAUACCUCUGUUGUUGGGAGGGCUCCAGACAGCCGCAAUUACCCAAAAAUGAUCAUCCGUUAUCAGUUAGUUGUUGUUUAUGCAGACCGUUUGUUGUAAAACUCUUUGUGAAAAUUUCCUGAGCUAUUUUUUUUAAAUUAUUAUUACAAAGUUUAUACCAAUAUAAAAGGCAUAUGUCCUGUGGACCAGAUGAUUGAAGAACAUAUUUAGUUUACAGAUAUACGUUACAUAUUUAAAUCUUUUAAUUUAAUAUAAUUGUGCUGGUGUUAGAAUGAUAAUUGUAUGGAUUCCAAAGUGGUUUUAUGUGUGUGUUAAUAUUGGUGAUUUCUUUUUUUUUUGUCUUCAUGGUAGAAUCAUUUUUAAUUUAUUUAUUCUCUACGCCACUGUAAUGAAACUGCAGCAGGUUGAAUUGGGACUUGUCUCUGUCAUAGGUGAUGGGAAAUUUUCAUUAAAUUACAGAUAGAGUCACAUGGUUAAAACUAUGUUCAUUAUAGAUUAAAACAACAGAUCAGAGAUUGAAUAAGGUCUUAAAGAUUAGUAAUCUUUUGAGCAAUUGAGGUGCAAUAGACAGGUUAUUAUGUCCCUUUAAAUAAAUUCUCCUGUGAGAAAUUCAUUAAGCUGUUGUACAAGGUUUGAAUGUGAAUAAAACGAAUGAGCUUGCA